CUUAAUUCGACCUGAUCCAACUUUAUCAAUUCAUCUUUUCAAGUAAAUAAAAACCAUCGAAAUGUCUGCUGAAAACGCUCAAAUCACAAGCUACAUGAUCACUGAUAUCAAUGCAUUUGUUGAAGACUGGCAUGUUCGCGUCACUUGGAUCGCCUUCAUGACACUCUGGGUCUUUUGGGGAUUAGUUUGGAUCUUCCGUAACUUCUUUUUUACCAGCCCUACUGUCUCGGCUUCUCCUGAUGCAAAUGCUACAACUGACGCCGAAGUCUCCAACAAGAAAUUCUUUGGUGCUGCCAAUGGUAGCUUUGCAGGUCGCUUAGAUCGUGCUCAUCAAAUCGUCAAGGAUGCCUUAUUCUCUCUUCUUUGUUUGCUUGCCAUGAACUCCUUUGCUCGUGCUUCCACACGUGCAGUCAUGAUCCUUGCUUGGUUCUUUACUGCCUUUGCCGUCUUUUGGUUUGUUGUUGAGCUUGUGGUUGAUAACCGCCAUGUACGCUUGCUCUAUUCUGUCAUAUUCUACGGUCUUGGCCUUGCCAUUGCUGGUCUUGCAUUCAAGCAAGGCUUCUACUAAAAAUGGAGUAAUCACGACGCCAGCUUUUUUUUACUAUUAAUCACUCUAUACUAAUACUUAAUAUCUCUUCUUUUAACUUUUAUAUUUCAAUAAAUAAUACAUUUUAUGAUAAAAUAUUCUAUGUGAC